AUGCGUCGUGACAUCGCUGUCUCACUCAUCCGCACCCUUCUACCCAUUAUCAAUCAACGAUCCCAACUACGACAAUCCCUCUUCGCUGCUCUAAAACGAGAUUUGCUGAAUUCAACCUCAGUCACUUCAGCAGUUCCCCUUCUUCUCUCACUUCUUCAAUCAAUCAGCAAUCGACGGAAUGUCACUUUGUCACAAGGCGGAAUGUCGCAAUCAUUUGCCACUUUUAGCUCACAGAGUCUGGCAAAGAUGGGAUUGACUCGUGGGGUCGAUGAGGCACUCGGGCUCGAGAUUGUCGGUGUUUUGAAACGAUGUCUAGCUCAGCCAGCUCAAACAAGAGCCGCACUUUAUUCUGGGAUCACUGAGGUUGUCCAUCGAAAUAUUCAAAUCAGUGGACCAUGUCUGGAGUUGUUGCUUUCCCAUGCGAACACCCUUCCACAAUGGUCAACAAAGGAAAUGAUUCUCACAUCAAGGACAAUGACAACGGUUCGAGAAGCGUUUCCACAAUUGAUUCAGGCUAUCGAAAGUCUGACUUGUGCCUCGAUUUCCUCAAUUCAAGCCGGCUUCACCCAAUCACACAGUGGCGGUGAUUUGUUGGUGCAAAAAGCGGAGAGUCUUCUCUUGAAAUGGGUCAAUAUUGCUAUAGAAAGGGAUAUUCAUGAAAUGGAGCUCGAUAAAUUAACGGAAUGGACUCCAACAACGCAAGAAGGACGAGGAAAUCUUCUCUUUGCUCAUCAAAUGCUUGCCGUUUACGAUGCGCUGCUUGAGUUUCUCUGGCGACGGAUCAAUUCGGAUAUCGACUCAUCAGAAAUGGAGUUGGAUCGUUUAAUUGGGAUCAUUCGCCAAAGAAAAGAGCUAUUAGAGGUUUUGAACGAAAAAACGAUUCGACAGAAGCAAGAGAAAGCCGUGAAUGGAAAUGGAGUACAAACGGGAAAUGGAGACUCAAAAUUGAUGCCAUUGAACCUUCAAGAGGUUGAUAUUUAUGUCUCCGGACGUACGAUUUCUCAGCUCUUGGAUCGACUUCUUAAAAUGGACGAAAGCGAUAAACUCUGGGAGAUCAAAGGAGAACUUCUCAAUUGGACAAUCAAGAGCUCAUUAAAAUGGAGUGAAGAGCUACGGAAAGGAGAGCUUCCAUUACAUUCAAAUGUUCUCCGGCAUAGCCAUCUCGUCAAUGUUGCUAAACAUUUUCUCGAGAUUUACAUCGGUGACGAGGUUGAUUCACCGGCUUGGACUCAAGAGAUUCCGAUGAUCUCAAAGACAAAAACUGAAGCUCUUGAAGUUUAUUCCAACAUUGUACGAUAUUCUCUUUUGAAGUAUCAAAGGAAAAUCCUUGAAUACGUUGUGCUAAUGUGGAAAGACGAUCGAACUGGUGGUGGUGAAGCUGGGGCGUUGAGUCGGCAUGGAGUUUUUCUAUUAAAUCGACUUUAUUUCGGAUUGGUGAUCGAAGAUGAGAACGCUGAGACACCAAAAAAGCGGGAAAUCGAGUCGGAGAAACAGGCGAAAAUCAUCACAAAGUUAGUGAACUCACUUCUCCUGGCUGCCAAUCGUUCCUCAACGCGAGCCUCGCACAUUUUCGUUAAAACCUAUUGGGAUAUUCUUGAGCAAAAUGAAUUCGCUACUAUCCAAGUGCUUCGAGAUUCUCUGAAUGCUUUUGCUGACACAUCAUUGCAAGUGCAAGCGAAUGCGGCAAUUACAUCGAUCUACAAAAGGAUCUUGACAAUUGCAGAUGCUUUGUAUUCGAGAUACAUGGGAGAGGAGCCUUCUGAUGAGGACCCAAAAUGCGUGAGCAAAGAAUUUGGCAGCGCAUUCAUUGAAUUUUUAAUUUUAAUACUAGAAAAGAGUAUGCUGGCUAUUAAAGAAGUCGUUUUUCAUAUGUCGGAGUUUGUCGAGAAAGAUCAAUGGGACGAAAUCUUCACUCACAUUGUCACACGUUUAGUCACAUGUACAGAGAUUUUGCAAAAGAUGAUGCAAAUUCACACAGAUGUAGGCGUAGCAAAGGAAAAGAUCUCUACUACAUUGACUAUGUUUUAUGAUGGUUUUGAGAUUUCAAUCAAGUUGUUAUUGGAUAACGCAAAAGUUCUCAAGAAUGAUAUGGGGAAAUGGAAAUCGAUCGAAUCAUUGAGUCGACUUCUGAAAGGAGAGCUUCACACACUCUUGGUGCAUUGCGAUGAGAAUGUGGGCGAGAUCGAGCAGGAAAAGAAGAGUAAAUCGGCAACAAAAAUCACGAAGAUUCGGCGAGAGGAGAAUCUCUACGUGAAGUACACAAGAGCCCGAGAGUCACUCCAAGCAACGAUUCUACGUUUAUCAGUGGCCUUAAACGAUGAUCGACUUGAUUUACAAGUGAAGAAAAACUCGAUUGGAACUCGAGAUUUUCGGAUGAAUCUGAAGAAAUUCUUGGAGAAAGCUCAAGAAAACGAGGAAUUGAGUGAUAUGGAGGAGGAGAAACGCAUCUCCGUGCAGGCUGACGGUCUUAAGAGGAUAGCUUUCCUCGGAGUGACCGUUUCCACGGUGGCCGUCGUUGUCUGCGUUUUGGGUGUUCCACUCAUGUACUCGCACAUUCAACGCCUUCACACCCAAAUGCAACACGAGGUCGAUUUCUGCCGUUCGCGAUCUGGAUCCGUUUUCAAGCAGCUCGCCAAGGCUAAUGUCUUGAUCCAAGUUGAGCACGGUAUCCGCGAGAAGCGUUCCAUCGCUCGUCGCCAAGCUGGUGGUGGAUGCUGUGGCUGUGGAGUGUCCGCUGCGGGACCACCAGGACCCCCAGGACCCGACGGACCACCCGGACAAGAUGGACACCAAGGACCACCUGGAAAGAACGGACCCGAUGCCCCACCAGCACCACCACCAGUUCAACACCAAAACAACUGCGCCAACUCUUGUCAGCCAGGACCUGCUGGAAACGCGGGACGUGCUGGACCCAAGGGACCUAACGGAGCUCCCGGAGGAGCUGGACAUCCUGGAAACUCUGGAGCCCCUGGAGCCCAAGGACCACCUGGACCCGCUGGACAGCCUGGACCAAACGGUCAAGCCGGACACCCUGGAGGCCCUGGAGCUCCCGGAAAGCUCACUCAUGCUCCUGGCCGACCAGGACCACCAGGACCAGCUGGACCUCCCGGACCACCUGGACCCAAUGGACAUGAUGGACAACCUGGAUCACCUGGAGGUAAGGGACCUCGAGGACCUGCUGGAGAUAAUGGAGGACCUGGACAAAAGGGACAAGAUGGACAGCCUGGCGCGCGCGGAGAUGAUGGACAUGAUGGGCAGACUGGAAGCUGCGACCAUUGCCCUCCACCAAGAACCGCUCCUGGAUAU